AUGUCUUAUCCCGAGAAGUUCACGGGCUUCCAGGCGCCAAGCGCUGAGAAGUACCUUGAGUUCGAGAAGAACUCUUGGGCUCCCCGUCCGUUCGGUGACUAUGAUGUCGAUAUCCAGAUUGAAGCCUGCGGAGUCUGCGCCAGCGAUCGACACAAGAUCAAUGGCGAUUGGGGUGACUCCCCCUACCCCCUCGCCGUCGGCCACGAGGUCGUCGGCAAGGUCCUCAAGGUCGGACCCAAGGUGACGCUCGCCAAGGUCGGCCAGCGUGUUGGUGUCGGCGCCCAGGUCUACUCCUGCCUGACCUGCCGUCAGUGCAAGAACGAGAAUGAGACGUACUGCAAGCAGCAGAUUGACGCAUAUGGCGCCCCCUACCUCGACACUGGCUUCAUCACCCAGGGAGGAUACUCAUCCCACACUCGUAUCCACGAGUACUGGGUCUACCCCAUCCCCGAGUCGCUAUCCAGCGCCAACGCCGCCCCCAUGCUGUGCGCCGGAAUCACCCUGUUCAGCCCCCUCAAGCGAUUCGGAGCCGGCCCCGGCAAGAAGGUCGGCAUCGUGGGCAUCGGCGGCCUGGGCCACUACGGAAUCAUCUUCGGCAAGGCCCUCGGGGCCGAGGUCUGGGCCAUCUCGCGCACGCGGGCCAAGGAGGCCGACGCCCUCAAGAUGGGCGCCGACGGCUUCAUCGCCACCAACGAGGAGGGCUGGGCCAAGGAGCACAACAUGACCUUUGACCUCAUCAUCAACACGGCCAAUUCCUUCGACGGGUUCGAGCUGAGCAACUACCUGAGCAUGCUCGACAUCCACGGCCGCUGGAACUCGGUCGGCCUGCCGGGCGGCGGCAUCAACGUCCGCAACCAGGACUUCCUCGACAAUGGGUGCUUCAUCGGCGCCUCCCACCUCGGGAGCCGGAAGGAGAUGCUCGAGAUGUUCGACCUGGUCGCCGAGAAGGGGCUCGAGUCGUGGGUGGAAGAGAUUCCUAUCUCCAAGGAGGGGCUGCAGCUGGCAAUGAACAACCUUGGAGAGAGCAAGGUCCGCUACAGGUCAUGCAUGGUGGGAUAUGACAAGGCAUUCGGGGCAUGA